AUGGGGACGCUCUUCGAGGAUGUUCUCACGACUGGCACGUUGCUCAACCGAAUGAUCUACUACAAUAGCCCUGGCCAGAAGGCGAUCCUUGCUGCAGAAGUCGCAACCACCGGCAAAGAUCUCGAAGCUGGCCAUGCAAGUCCUAUUCUCUUCGGAAAAGGGCAGCUGCUUGUCCUCACCAGAAGGGUAGAUACUGGCGAAGCGAAUCGUCUCCAGAACCUAGGGUAUCGCUUUGCGAACAUAGAACAAGUCGGUGAUCAGCUAGCUCGAAGUCUCCAGGUUUCGCGCGAUGAUCUUGAGAGCUUAACCUCGUUGUCCCAAGAACUACUCCGGACCGCUUGCCCAAUGGUCAAGCUAAGCAAUGAGGAGCUUGACAUUCAGGAGAUAAGAUUAUUGGCGACCUUCAACGGCCUUACUCUGGACGAUUGUCUCAAGCGCAUCAGCCAGCGAACCCUGACGGGCUCAGAUGACGACAUAUUCUUGGAGAACUUCCGAGACAAAAUGUACGAUCUCCUUCGCGAGUGUCCCGAGACAGCCCUUAACCACGCCUUCUUCUCUGCGCGGCAACUCGACGUCGCGCAUGACCUUGUUGGUCACAAGGAUAUGACCGCAGCAACCGUCUUUGCUUUCUGCGGCAUCAAGGAGAUCUACGUCCAAUCAUUGCAGAGCUUGACUCUCAAGACAAUUCCUCUCUCCUUAUUCCAAACUUAUCUCCGCUCAUACCCCGGCUGUCCCGACCACGCAAUACUAGCGCAGAAGAACCACAAAGAGUUCAGCAGUCUCCAGCGCGUCUCUACGAAGGAUAAGACCCCCAAUACUCGAAGCAGUGGCCUAUGGCCCUCUAAUUUACUAAAGAAGGCGAAGCCGACGCCCACUGAAAUGCCAUGGCAGGGAGAUUCGUCAUCUGAAAAGGGCCUCGUGCAUGUCUCGCAGUCUCCACCAGAUAGUGCCAGUCACCCAUGGGGAUCUAUCAUGGUGACGUCAACGCAAAACAUGACAAUCUACGAUGGCAACAAGGACGGCGCUGCAAUGGAGAUGCGCGAGCUAGGCGUCAAGUCCGAGGUUGGCAUGGCAGAGACAGAGCGGCCAACCUUGGCCGACAGGUUGAUGUCGAUUACAACUGGUUUCCGAGAUCCACAUGCGGCGAGAGCUUUGCCAAAGGAUUUGGUCUAUGGCCGACGAUAA